AUGUCAGCUCCACCACUCCAGGAGAGGAAGCCGGUCAAGGACCUGGAAAAGGUCUUUCACUAUACGGAUACUAUGACACGCAAGCCCACGCGCGAGAAUGAUCCAUACGAAUAUCAAGCUGGGUUUGGUAACCGACACCUAUCAGAAGUUAUACCUGGUACUCUGCCGGCAGGACAGAACAAUCCGCAAGAACCUCGCUUUGGAUUGUAUACCGAGGGUAUCACAUACUCAGCUUUUGCAGCACCUCGUCAUGCCAACUUUAGCACUUACAUGUAUAGGGUGCGGCCUGCUGCUGCUCAUAAUGGCUACAAAGCCAACAUUCCCCACAAAUCCGAUAUCGAGAACUGCUUCCUGACCCUCAACCCGAAAGUAGCGACACUAGCAGAGCAAGGCGAAUGGGCCCCUUUCCCGCUGCCCAAGGACGACGAGAAAAUCGACUUUGUCGAUGGUUUACACACACUCGGUGGAAGUGGCGAUCCCAAUCUGCGUGAAGGCAUUGCCUUGUACGUCUUCAUGGUCAAUGCCGAUAUGGACCGUCGCGCAUUCUGCAAUACAGAUGGUGAUUUCCUCAUCGUCGCGCAGCUAGGUAAGUUGGACGUUCAGACUGAGUUGGGCAAGCUGUUCCUGCAGCCUGGUGAAAUUUGCGUGAUUCCUCGCGGAAUUCGCUUUGCGGUUCGCCUAGAUCCCGGUCACAGUGUUGCUCGGGGCUAUAUCACAGAGAUUUGGGGAUCUAGCUGGGUAUUGCCGGACCUAGGUCCUUUGGGUGGACAUGGUCUGGCAAAUCCACGCGAUUUCCUGCAUCCAGUGGCGUGUAUUGAUGAGGAAUUGCAUGCGGACUGGUCGAUUGUGAACAAGGCGAAUGGACUGUAUCAUGCCAUCGAGCAGGAUCACAGUCCGUUUGAUGUCGUUGCGUGGCAUGGAAAUGUCGUCCCGUAUAAGUACGACUUAACCAAGUUCUCUAGCCAAAACUCAACUUCUAUAGAUCAUACUGAUCCCUCAGUGAACUGCGUUCUCACGGCCCCGUCACGAGAUCCCGUCACUCCACUGGCUGACUUUUUGUGGUUCGGGCCGCGUUGGGAUGUAGCCUCGAAUACCUUCCGACUACCAUACUUCCACCGCAAUGCGGCGACUGAGUUCCUCGCCAGUUUAUACGGCAACGGGCUUGGGAGAUCCGAUGAUUUCCUACCGGGAGGUGGAAGUGUUGAAAUCAGCCAUACGCCGCAUGGCAACUUUAGUGAAGCCUAUGUGUAUGAAAUGAGGAACCAGGUGAAUGAGCCUCGCAGGAUCCUCGAAAACCAAAUGACAAUUAUGAUCGAAAGUAGUCGAUCAUUCCUGUUCACCGAGUACGCCCGCACUGGCUGCGGGACUUUCAAGAACCAGGGCACAGAUCCGAAAGUGUGGGACGCUUUGCCGGACAAAUUCUCCGCGUAUCCCAACAUCCAAGAGAUUCUCAAACAAGUCAAGGCCGACAAUGAGGCUCGGAAGCAGCGAUUGCAGGCGUACUAUGACGAUGAUCAGCUGGCUCAGCUU